CCGUCUGGGUUGUCUACCUAACCUAAGCCAAGCUUUCUUAGUCUUUGGUCUAGACCGAACUCAGGUCUCGAAACGAAUCGCAGAUCUUCGUUUGUUCUUCGGACCCUUGAUCUGUUUGCACCUGUUAUUCAUCUAAACAAUCAUCACUAUUAUUUACAACUUACAAGGGACUCAUCCCUUAUCACACCGUCACACACCGAUUCCACAGCUUUGGCGUCUAAUCAUACCUCAUGGUCGCGCCAAAGGCUUGUCACAACUGCCGGAGUCGACGCUUACGAUGCGACCGGUCGGUCCCUACAUGUCAUAAAUGUACGAGCACCGGGCAAGAAUGUCUUGGAUACGGAACGCUAUAUAAAUGGGUCGAUAAUAAGACAUCCAGAGACCGAACAUCGUCUAAACCUUCCGUCCACUCCGCCUCCAAACAUCGGGAGCAUGUCACGUUCCAGCCGCAUAAUCCUGUAUACGUCGACAAACGUUUGGUUCCCUUCGAAAACACUAAAGCCUCCCUCUCUCCCGAUUUCGCAUUAUUAGAUCCACUAUUUCAAGACUUAAGCCUGUCGUCACGGCAUUAUCUCCACUACUAUACCACUCGUUUCUGUCAAGACCUCAUUAUUUAUGAUUCGCCCCGUCGUGGUGCCAAUCCAUUUAGAGACCUAAUUCCCAUAUCUCAGAAGUAUCCUUUUCUUCGAGAGAUCAUCGUCGCAGCAUCCGCUCUGCACUUCUGCAAUGCCGCGCGUUGGCACAAAUGCCCUAGGCCGGCAGCCGAGUCCUUUGUAGACGCCCUGCGUGCUCGACAUAGAGCUAUCAAGUCUCUGCAAGAUGUUAUAGAGCACUAUAAAGUCCAAGACGACGUGGAAAACGACGAUGCAGGGAGAGAUGCGCUACUUGCUGCUGUGCUGUUUUUCGUCAAUUUUUCCCUGAUAGAUUCCGGGAAGGGCGGCUGGCGAGCUCACAUGAACUUCGUCGGCACGCUUCUUCGCAUGCGAACAUCUAAUAUUUCGGGCCAGGCUCAGAUAAAACCGAGGCCAGAAGAGGAUCCUACCUUCAGUCUAGAUUUUACGGCGCAUGAUGCACUUCUCUCGUUACCAUUUACCCGCCGUCCCGCGGCGCCUUCCCAGUCCCUAAGUGUUGGUGAUUAUAUUGCUUCAGACUCUGUGGCUUAUUAUAUCUGGAGCAAUGCGCUUGACUCCCUUGUAUUGUCUAGUAACAAACUUAUAGCAGCGCCCCCGGCAUUUGAUGAGGAUGGUAUCGUGCUCUACAACAUCCUCGUCCGCACCGAGGCCAAUAGCUAUCACAGUUGUCCUUCUAUCUUAUUGUAUGCAAUUUAUCGAACCUCUCAGCUAGCAAGGGAUAUAAGAUCGAACGAGUCCAGCGUUCUAAAUGACAAGCAAAUCGAGACUUGUCGGUCGCUUUUACAUGAUAUCGAAGCGUUUGAUAGUGACGCUUGGGCCGCCAGAGUCUCUGCGCAGAUUGUCGCGAUCACCGGUCAUGCGGACGAGAUUGAACUACGCUACCGGAGACACAUCGCUGGUACUUACCGCGCCGCCAUUUUUCUGUAUAUCCUAUUAGUUGCGCCGGAAUUGCCACGUCAGGUUGCUUGCCACGAGGACAAAGAUUUCCCAGCGCUUCCGAGCACUGCGGACCUGGCCGCCACGAUUCUGCACCAUCUUUCCUUUGUCCCAACUGAUAGCCCGCUAUUCAAAUUCGCCACCUGGCCUAUCUUUCUCACCGGUGUCGAAACGGCGGACGAGUCGCGCAGAACGUGGGUGAUAGAUCGACUGCGCGACAUGAGGGAUCUCUGCCCCUGGGGGAUGCUUACGUCGACGAUGGAGACGCUCGUGGAGAUAUGGCGCAUGAGAGAUAGCUCGUUGGCGACCGAAGAGUCGGAAGCAGAUGAAAGGUCUCCGGGCGGCAGGAUGUCAACCGAUACGUCGGAUCAAAAGGUUAAAAGCCACUGGCUAAUGCAGCUGCAAGGCUUUAAGAUCGACUGUUUGAUUGUGUGAAGCUAAAUGGUUGGUUGCACUGCGCGACACGAACACGCUCGAUGGCGCGACUUCCCAUAAGCAAAAGCUUGGGACGUAUACUCAACCUCCAGAUACGCAUGUGUCAGUCACCCAGUCGGGUUAUAAAGUAAAGAAGAAUCUCUGGUGAUCAAUCAAAUGCUAAAAAGCCCAGGGCCAAGGGCGACACUCGCAUGGCGUUUCGGUAGCAGCACCCUGAACAGUGAAUAUCUAAGAGUCUCCUAUAUAAGAGCAAUGUAUCAGAGCGUAUAUUGUUUAGGGAUGGUACAGUCACUGA